UUGUAUUAUUUCUUGGUGCUAACAGGAAAGAGGAAACGAGGACAGUCAACUUCAACUGUUGUCGUCCGCACAAAAUUCUCCGUUCUACAGAGAAUAGCACUUGAGGCAUUGUACAAGGAUACAAAGUACCCUGCGCAUGGAGUCAUAGAGGAAUUUGCAAACUCAUAUAAUCUAGACUCAAGAACUGUGAGGAUUUGGUUUAACAAUAAAAGACAGCGGGGAGAAAAUAGCGGGAACGCAGCAGCAUCAGUGGAAUCAGAUUACAAUGUCGCAGAAUCAAAAGAAUUGAUUUAAUUUUUGUGAAUCUUUUAUCACUUAAUACAUUGUAAGUCUUAACGAUUAAUCAGUGACAUUAUUGAAUAAUCCGUGAUAUCUAGCAUAAGAUAUCACUGGUUUAGAACAUACCAUUUCCUUUAAUUUGAUUAAUAGCAGUCAAGGUUGACUGCAUGUCAGUUGUAUUUUCUUCUUGCAGGGCAAGUGAUUCUGAUCUUGCAGGCCCAACUCUUAUUUCCCUCACAGCAACAUUGGUGCCCUCCUCGAGCCGUUUGGGACAUUAUGGAAAACAAACCCUCUUGCAACGCUGGCGGUAAUCAGCGUUGCUUAGUCCGUAAAUAAAUGGAUUAGCGCAAAUGGUGGUGAAGGCGAGAAAUACUAUGUAAUGGUGUAGGGCAGAAUCUACUGUCGCUUUCCCCGCAGUUUCAAAGAUAAAAAAAAACAAUUGGUUUGGAGAAAAACAUAUAAGCAAUAUACGUCAUAAGACCGAUCAUUCUAGUCAUCUUUCCUCGUCACGCGUAGUUUGGCCUUGCUCGCAGCUGACGCAACUGGGAAGUUGUUUGUCGUCACGAUCAUGUGUACGUACAGCCCAAUCAUGGAAAGGCACGGAAAGAACGUCUUCAUGAUAAUAUUGAGUACUGUUUGGGACGUGCAGAGGAUAGAGCCUGAGAAAAUGAAUUUGACUGUACAUAUGUCAUUGGAGGAUGAAUUUGGUUCAUAGACCGAAUCAAGUAUGCCUUCUCCAGUCAGAAAGAAUGACCAGAUCCAGCAGAAAAUGAGGUACCCAGUGAGUCUCUUUCCCUUGAAGGCGAUGCCAUAUUUAGAAGGCUUUACAACAGCAACCCACCGCUCUAUUGUUAACAGCAAUGUGAUGUAAACGGUGAAAAAUAGGAGCUGAAAGAGAAAAACUCGACUCCAGAAUACAGGACAGAGGAUCGUACCUACAACUUCAUUACUUGGACGACGAAUAAGGUCACCAAGUCCAAAUCCUGGGCUUGUGAGUCAGCACAUCAGAUACGGCAAGGCAAAGAAUGAAAACGUUGUAGGACUUUUUUAGCAGGUUUUUGUCACGGACAAACACUUGAAUGAUCAACGUGUUUCCAAGGAUUCCAAAGAUGGAAAGAAUGCAGUUGGUAAUCUGGGAUUUGGUUAGUCCGCCUUCCAUUGCAUCCUUUGAUCAGUGGAAGGUGGUCGACGUCACUGUAUCAUGCAGCGAACUCGAAGCGAACUGUUCAUAUAAGAAAUCUUACUCUUUGAGUCCUCGUGGUGAUUUUAGGCGAAGUCAGUAUGUCACUGAUUAGUUGUUUCGAUGUUGUUAGUCUCACACCAUGACGAAACCAACUUUUAAAGUAACAGGUAAAAUAAUUCAUAUUGUAAAUGCUAAAAAGAUGAAUUGUGUAAUUAUCAAAUACCUCUCCUCUCUUCUAUUUAUAAUUUCGAAAAAUCGUGAAAAUAUAAUAUAAUGUAUUUUGUCCAGAUGUCAAUAACUGACAUCCUACACUAUGUCAUUAUUUUUGUGUAUGUGCAAGGUCAAUUAAUUCUCUGUACAGCGCUGCUGAACCAAAUCUAAAAAAUAUUCUUCGUCUUCAGGGGCCAAAAAGUGUGAUCGAUAUAAAUCUAAUCUUAUCUUAUCGUAAUAUGUUAGCUCAGUUGCUGAUGUUUAGUCAGCCAACCGACAUUAAAUCGAAGUAAGUGUGCUUAGAGGGUGGCAAGCGAAAUCAGGUUGGGUUUCGGUCUUAAUUCUGAUAACUUUGGAGGGUGGUGCCUUUUGGGAAACGUUUUUAGACCAGAAAAUAAUGUUUUUUUCUCAAAGAUAUAAUUGUAAUCAACGAUAUAAUCACGAAGUUAAUUCUCCCAUGAUACAUAAAGAGGUUGGGAGCAUUGAAUCAAGCAUAUGGUUAUAAAAAUUGAUUUGAAUCCAAGAUAAUGCUUUAAGUUAGUUCGUAUUCAUGGAUCGUCGUAUAAUGUAUGUGAUGUUCUUGAUCUCCAUCGUUGACCCAAUUGUUUUCAUUUAAAAAGAGAAAAACAGAUCUACAAAACCAAAGCACUCAUCGUGAAAAGAACUUUAAGCAUUAUAAAAAAUUUACUUAAUUCCAUAUCGAUAAGAUCAAUUUCCUCUUACAAUAAAGCAGGGAUCAAAGGAUGCUUUUAUGUAAAUAUUUUUACCUUUUCUGUUUUUGUGAUCUCUUUUCGUAAGGAUCACUUUGAAGCUGUUCUUAGUUAUUUUUGUAGUGCCUUUUCAAUCUUUUGUGUUUUGUCUUUCCGACAGGCACCAUCCUCCACUGCAAUUUUACGUUAAACAAUGUACAGCACUUGUUUAACGGAAGACGUACUCAAGUGUGUGAGUUUAUUUGCACGAGACUGAUAGAUAUCUUUGCACUUGUUUCCCCUUUGGUAGAUAAACUAGGACACAAGAAAUUCCUAUAUUAAUUUAUAUCAAUUCAUCAUGUCACUUCAACUUCAACUCUAUUUAUUAAAAAUGGUUUUUACAAUAGACUGGCCCGUAAAAUAGCAAUUGCUAAUCUAGGCGGCCCAGUUAAAAGAAAAAAAAUACAUGAAGGCAAG